UUCAGUAUAUACUAAAGUUUUGAUUUCAGUAUGUUUUCAGUAUAUACUAAAGUUUUGAUUUCAGUAUAUACUAACGUGUUGCGUCCCCAUGUGCUACAUGUAUAGUCCCUAUACAUUUGAUGAAGAACAGACCAAUUAAUUUACACCUCUCCCUUGAUUAGAUGUUUCUCUUUAUAUUGUAUACAACGUGUGUGUGUGUGUGUGUGUGUGUGUGUGCGCGCGCGCGCGAGUGUUUGGGUACAAGUAGGCCUACCCAUAAAAUAGCAUCCUCCCUUCAUUAUGUAUGUCCUAUUCAAGUAAGUGUAUCCAGUCAAUUGCUUGGAAAGGAUGAUUGGCGGACGGUGAUUGGUGGAACCCCAACUUGGAAUUCGAAUGACCUCCCUACCAGCUUUCGGAUGCACGAGCUCCAUUAACAGGCCCCUGAAUGACCAGGAAUUCGCAACAAUGGGGCUAGGACACAGCUGAAUGAGCAUCACCCUCUGCGAGCCUCUCGAAUACACAGGACCACUGACGCGACGCACAAUGCUUCCUUUUCAAACUCGAGCUCCACUGCUUACCACGUGGAAAGGUAAUGAAAGGUGCCUUUUCCUUUUUGUGUUCCUGUUGACAAAACGGUUGUCAUGGCAUCCCUGGAGGAGGAGUUGACGUGUUCGGUGUGCCGCGACGUCUUCAGCCAGGCCCAGCCCUUGCCGUGCGGCCACAGCUUCUGCCCAGCAUGUGUGCGAGAGGCCUGGGGCCACGGGGAGGCGGGGGUCAGGGGUCGCUUCACCUGCGCACAGUGUCAGGAGGAACAGGGGGUUGUGGCGUGUGACUGCUGCCCCCCUGUGGGGGAUGGGGACCAGUCUGGGAACGCUGCGGCGGUGAAGACCUGUCUGCGCUGUGAGGUGUCUCUGUGUGCCGAGCACCUGAAGCCCCACCUGGAGCGGCCCGCCUUCAAGACACACCUGCUAGUGGAACCUCUGGGAGACCUGUCCCACCGCAGGUGUCCUGCCCAUGAGGAGAUGUUCCGCUACUACUGUGCAGACGAGCGGGUGUACGUGUGUGCAGACUGUUUAAUGGAGGGUGGCCACACGCAGCACCGGGUUAAAGGACUGAGGAAGGUGGAGGAGGACCUGAAGGUCAUCCUCCAGAGCCUUCUCCAGAAAGCAGAUGAGAAGCUGAAUAAAGGUGAACAGAUCCUCCAAGAGCACUGGAACACUGACCGCACUAUAACAGACUUGUCUGUGGCAGAUGACUCCCAGGUGGAGCGUAUGGGUAUAGCCCUGCAGCUGCAGGUGGAGAGGCUGGUGCUGGCCCUGAGGGAGAGCACCAGGAAAGAGAGGCAGCAUGCUGUAGAUCGCCUCCAGAACAACUGCAGCAGGGUUCGAGAGGACCUGAGCCAGACCCGGGACAUCCACCACUACCUGGGCUCCUUGCUGGAGGAGACAGACCCCUUCCUGCUAAUCUGGGCAUUUCAAUCUGAUGACUCAAGGCUGCUUGCGGACCUGAACUGUCCCUUGUUCACUCCUGACUCCCUCAGCCUGGACAGGAAGUAUAUUAUGGAGGAUAUUGAGAGCAAGUACAGAGAGUUCAUCACCGAGACACUGCGCUGUCUCACUGAACUCAAGAGGGAGCUCUUAACAAGUCCGUUGACUAUGGACACUAACUCUGCCCAUCCUCUCCUGAGCAUUUCGGACGGCCUGCGGUCAGCCAUGCGGGUCAAACAGCGCCUUCCGUGUGCCACUCACCCUGACCGCUUUGACCACUGGGCUCAAGUCCUGACCGUCCAGACCUUCUCCUCAGGAACCCAUUACUGGGAGCUGGAGGCAGAGGGCUUCUGGGACAUUGCGGUGUCCUACCGGAGCAUCGGGCGGAAAGGGAAGGAGGGCACUGCCUUUGGGAAUAACAAGAUGUCUUGGAGCCUGACGCAGCAGCACGACAGGAAGCUGGCUGCCUGGCACAACCGCAGGAAGACCCGCCUUUCCAGCCGGAUGUCAGGCAACCGUGUGGGUGUGGCCCUGGAUUAUGGCAUAGGCACAAUCACAUUCUCAGAGGUGGGGCCUUCCAACACCCUGACCCACUUGCACACCUUCAGUACCUCCUUCAACCAGCCUGUGUGCCUAGGCUUUGGCCUCUACAAGGCUGAACUCCACAGCAGAAUCUCUAUAGUGAGGGUGUGAGGGAUCAUUCGAGACCAGAGAAUAAAAAUUAUAUUUCUAUAGCUGGGACACCUUCGGGGUGGGCCUCAGGGAUGGAGACUUUGUGGGAGGUUUCUUUCUGGAACAUCUCCCAGGAUCUCAUGAGGGAUUGGACUAUGAACAAAAGAGCUUGUGUGAGCAUGAAUAAUUGUAAGACUACAUUCUUACAGCACUCAGGACUUGAAAUAAUGUGAACUAUGACUUUGAAUCAGUAAGGAAUGGAUGUGUAUGUCUUAAUUUUGUCACAGUUUAGGGGAAUUUGAAAGACCCAAGUAACUUGGACCCAAGGCAGAGGGUUUUUUGAUCAAAUACAUCCAAACUACAGGACAAUAUUCUUAAAGAAUUAGAAAAGUACACAUUCAGUUGAUAGUUCUAGGCUAUUGUGAUGUAACAGCUAUGGGGUCCCAUUUCCUUUCACGAGUUUGUUUAGACAAUAUUUUUUAUGCACACAAUAAUCAAUGCGUUCUGUGGCACCCAUGUACCAAGCUAAAUACCAUAAAUGAUGUUAAGAAAAGGUGGAAGGUAUGUGGACUGAACCAUAUUGUAAUAUAGAUUACAAAAUCAUUAGCAUUAGAAGCUUUCACAAAAGUUAAAUUACACUGAGUGUACAAAACAUCAUGAACACCUCCCUAAUAUUGAGUUUCACCCCCUUUUGCCCCUUCAGAACAGCCUCAAUUUGUCUGGCAUGGACUCUACAAGGUGUCGAAAGCAUUCCACAGGGAUGCUGGCCCAUGUUGACUCCAAUGCUUCCCACAGUUGUCAUGUUUUGCUAGAUGUCCUUUGGGUGGUGGACCAUUUUUUUUAUACACACAGGAAACUGAAAAACCCAGCAGUGUGAAAACCCCAGCAGGGUUGCAGUUCUUGAUACACAAACUGUUGCACCUGGCACCUAUUACCAUACCCUGUUCAAAGGCACUUAAAUAUUUUGUAUUGCUGAUUCACACUUUGAAUGGCACAUAUACACAAUCCAUGUCUCAAUUGUCUCAAGGCUUACAAAUCCUUCUUUAUCCUGUCUCCUCCUUUUUGUCUACACUGAUUGAAGUGACAGCAAUAAUGGAUCAUAGAUUCACCUGCUCAGUCUGUCAUGAAAAGAGCAUGUGUUCCUAAUGUUUUGUACACUCCUUUUACGUAGUCUAUUAUAUUGAAAAGUAUUCACUUGAAGAUGGUCAAGGUAUGACCUUCAACAAAAUAACCUUCAAUAUUGAAACAUCUCAGAUGCAAUACUUUCACUGGCACUUUUCAUUUUUAGAGAAAAAAACGAGUGAGAGUGCGAGAGAGAGCCGUGGGUCCUCUGGCAUGGCUAUUUAAAGGGAGGUGUCUGAUAGUGUAGAAUGGGAGAACAGAGAAGAGAGAUGUUAUGAAGAAUGUGUUGCUAUCACUCCAUCUCUAAGGACAAAUGACUGGCUUCAACUGAUAUGGAAAGCAAGGAGGACACCUUUUAAACUGAAACAGGUGAUAUCAUCAUCUCUUUUUUAUUUUAUUAUUAACAUAAACCUAGACUCCAGGAUUGUAUUACAGUACUCAGUGAAUAAAUGCCUAGUUUUGCAAAUCCCUACAUUGCUUGUGUUUAAAAUAUCGGAUCAUUCAGGAAAACUGUUCAUCUUCUGACUGUUUAUUGAAUAUUGGGGACCAACUCUGAAACAUACCAUU